AAACCAAACAAGGGGUACUUUAGUAAAUUUGAUUUUCUUCUUAUUUCGAAAGUCCCAGGCUUUAGGGGAAAUUGGAGCCCUAAUUUGUGAAGUGAGAGAGGCGCGACAAUCUUCGAGCUUCUUCCGAUGAAGACAGUCACCGGAAGAGUUAUUAGUGCUGAACCAAUCUCCCUUUCCAAGGCGGCUACGCUUCUCUCUGGAUUCGCUUCCUCCGAUAAUGGCGCCUCUCAAGACGUUAGUGCGUACCUCCGACGAGCCUCCGCCGCCUUCACCGAAUUAAAGAGUUUCCACAGGGAGAUUAAAUCAAAGGAUGCGAAGCCAAGCUCCGUCAGGGAGGUUAAAUCAAAGGAGACGAACCCAAGCUCCGACGCAAGACGUGAGCGGGAUGUCACUGGCGAGUUAGACGGAGGGAAGAUUCGUUACCGGAAAAGUGGAGCUGUGAGUGAGGAAUCAGUUUAUGGUAGGGAACAGGACGAGAUGAAAAAGAAGAAGAAUAAGAGCAAGAAUAACAAAGACGAAGAUGUUGUUGGUGAGGAGGUGAAGGAGAAGCUGGAAGAUGAGCGAAGGAGAGAAGAGAGAAAGAAGGAGAAGAAGAACAACAAAGACGAAGAUGUUGUUGAUGAGAAGGUGAAGGAGAAGUUGGAAGACAAGCAAAGGAGCGAAGAGAGAAAGGAGAGAAAGAAGGAGAAGAAGAGCAAGAGGAACAAAGACAAAGAGAAAGAGCUUGUUGAUGAGAAGGUGAAGGAGAAGUUGGAAGACGAGCAAAGAAGUGAAGAGAGAAAGAAGGAGAAGAAGAAGAAGAGGAAGAGUGAUGAAGAGAUGGGUUCAGAGGAGACGAAGAGCAAGAAAAAGAGGAAGAAGAGUGAUGAAGAGAUGGGUUCAGAAGAGAGGAAGAGCAAGAAAAAGAGGAAAUCGAAGGAGGUUGAUGAUUGAAGUUGGUUAAUUUGGGGUUUUAGCUGAAGGUUUGAGAAAAUUUUGUAGUUGAAACUAAGAAAUCUUUCAAAUUUUUGGGUAUGUGUAGUUGAAGAUGUUACUUGGUGACAAUUAAGAUUGAGAAAGAUUUGAUAUUUGGAACUCUCUUGUUAUAGUUUUAUGUUAUUUGCAAUCAAGUUUUUGUUGCUUUGGUAGUGUGAUGUUACCCUUUUUUU